GACGCUCCUUCUAUCAAAUAUUCCAGGAACAAGAAGACAACCUCUAAGCACAACUGUUCACCUGUCACCAGGGCAAAAGGUUAGUUUUACAGCAGCAAUUUUUUAAUAUUUAAAGAAUCAAGGUACCCUUUAAAAUUAUGGACAGUCCCGAGGCACCCUUUAAAUUAUGGACAGUCCCGAGGCACCCUUUAAAAUUUAUGGACAGUCCCGAGGCACCCUUUAAAAUUAUGGACAGUCCCGAGGCACCCUUUAAAAUUAGGGACAGUCCCCAGGCACCCUUUAAAAUUAGGGACAGUCCCGAGGCACCCUUUAAAAUUACAGACAGUCCCGAGGCACCCUUUAAAAUUAGGGACAGUCCCGAGGCACCCUUUAAAAUUAGGGACAGUCCCGAGGCACCCUUUAAAAUUAGGGACAGUCCCGGGGCACCCUUUAAAAUUAGGGACAGUCCCGAGGCACCCUUUAAAAUUAUGGACAGUCCCGGGUUACCCUUUAAAAUUAGGGACAGUUCCGAGGCACCCUUUAAAAUUAUGGACAGUCCCGAGAAACCCUUUGAAAUUAUGGACAGUCCCGAGGCACCCUUUAAAAUUAUGGACAGUCCUGAGGUACCCCAUUCUAAA